UUCACCGCAGUAAAGUAACCUUGGCUUCCGUCUCCAUCCAUCGACCGCCGCCCGACCUGAACUUGCCGGCGCAAGCGAAAGCAACUCGGUUCGCAGGAGUAAGACAGCAGCGUCUCGAGCGACACACCAUGGGGCAAGGCAAGGAGGUGAAGACCCGACCCGACCCCAAGGUGGAGAUCCAGGAGAAAGGCGAGAUCUUCUUCUUCUACCGGCCCAAGGUGGACAAGGACGAGGCGCGCGGCCCCGACGACGUCCAGCGCAUGUACAUCGUCCUGCGCCCCGAGUCCGCCGCCGGCGACCGCGCCGUCGAGGAGAAGCAGGCGCCGGACUCCGGCAAGGAGGGCCGCAAGCACCGCCACCAGGGCGACGGGGGAGGAUCCGGGGGAGGGGCGGGCGACAAGGAAGAAGGCCACCAAGGCGGACAUGGCAAGGAGGAGGUGAACGUCGUGGAGCAGCCGCUGCUCCGGCUGGUGGUCAUGGGGAAGAAGAGCCUGCCGGACCCGGCCAAGCACGGCCGCCCGUACUGGGGGUACGUCGAGCUCGUCACCACCAAGCUCCAGGACAUCAAGGACGCGCUCAAGGAAGAGGAGUACAGCACGGCGACGCGGGGCCAGCACCGGCGGCCGGCGGCGCGGGCGCUCGGCGAGGGCGUGUACCGCAUCCUGAGGCACGAGUCCGGCGGGCGCCGCGCCCCGCACACCCACCUCGUGUACAAGCUGGAGCUCCCCACCCGCGGCGACGGGGAGCCGCAGGACGCGCUGAACGUGGAGCCGGAGGCGUCCUUCCUCGUGCAGGUCAAGAACCCAGACCCGCCCUCCGGCGGCGGCGGCGGGUUCCGCGGGCUGCAGAGCAAGCGCCGCGCGGCGUUCCCGGCGCACCUGCAGGGCGCGUUCGGGAGCCGGCGGUACGCGCCGGCGGACCCGCCGGACCUGCUCAACUACGAGGGGUGCGAGCUGCUGCUCAUCGCGGCGUCGGACGACGUGGAGGAGGAGCUCGGGCUGGAGCUGGAGGGGGAGGUGGAGGAGGGGGAGGGCGGUCAGGGGGAGGAGCAGCGGGCGGCCGGGUGCUCGGACCUGGUCAAGAUGUUCGGCGAGGUGGCCGACGUGAAGCCGCUGCUGAGCGGGAGCUGGGACUAGGCCACUGAGCAGCUGGUGUCACGCUGUGCGCUUGUCCCAGCUUUGUUGAUAAAAAAAUGGUGAUGGAGCUUUCGUUAAUUAGGUGUCUUAAGUUUAGUUGCUACUUGUUCUGUUGCACGUACGAGCUGCUGUAGUAGUUUGCACGUACGGUGGUCUCUGUAACGUUGGGCAGAAGCUUAAUCUGCGUGUUUUCCCUGUAAUGUUCGAACCCCAUUGCCGUGUUUCGAGUGCUAUGGCUACAAAAUUUCAAGCUUAGUACAUGUUGAACGUGGGCAAACAUUAUAUCUGUA